AUGAUGCAAGAACGCGACCCAUUCACCACUCCUUCCGCAUCGUCGUAUGCAACUCCCUACUCGGAUGUCUCUUCUCCACGACUUGCACCACACCCUUACCAAGCUUCCGGCCAGCGACAGGGCAGCUCGCUCGAUUCGUAUCGUGAUGAACCAGAGAAUGCUGGUUACCCUCCAGCCUCGCCAGCCGCCUCUGGCCUCUUAUUACCAGGAGGAGCUGCCAGCCAGGCGGGCUACAGCGUCUACCCAGGCAACCCUCAGCCUCAAAACGCGUACGCAAGCGGGUACAAUGGAGCAGACAGUCCAUAUGUCCCUGGUCGUGCCUCAACCGAUCAACGAAGGAAACGGCGACUCAUUGGAUUGGCUGCAGUUGUGGGCCUUAUUAUCGUGGCAGUAGCAGUAAUCGUGCCGGUCUAUUUCGCUGUCAUCAAGAAAAACAACACCAAGGCUACUUCGUCGACAUCUUCCAGUCCCAGUAGUGGCAGCACCACUGGCAGCAGUGGGGACUCUGGCGGUGGUAAAAAGCCAACAGGUGCUAUAACUGGCGCCGAUGGAAGCACGGUGCUCACUGCGGAUGGGACCUCGUUCCUUUACAAGAAUCAGUUCGGUGGUUUCUGGGUUGAUGACCCAGGUAAUCCAUUCCUCAACUCUGCAGCACCCAAUUCUUGGACGCCGCCAUUGAAUCAGUCUUGGACGUGGGGGAAGGACAAGGUAUACGGUGUCAAUCUAGGAGGAUGGUUCGUGCUAGAGCCUUUUAUUGCUCCGGCCUUAUUCCAGAAAUAUCCAUCAGCUGCGGACGAGUGGACCUUGUCAACUAUGAUGCGCGCCGACGGUACACUAGAGAGUACUAUGGAAAAUCAUUACGACACCUUUAUCACUGAGCAAGAUUUCGCGGAGAUUGCUGGUGCUGGACUCAAUUGGGUGAGAAUUCCUAUACCGUUCUGGGCUAUCAGUACCUGGGCAGACGUUGGUAAAGAUGCGACUGGAGCCACAGUCGCCGAGCCCUUCCUCCAAACAGUCUGUUGGAAAUACAUUGUCCGCGCUUUGAACUGGGCAAGGAAAUACGGUCUACGUGUCAAUCUCGAUAUCCACACUGCCCCUGGGUCACAGAAUGGCUACAAUCACUCAGGGAAACUGGGUCAAGUCAACUUCUUGAAUGGGCCAAUGGGUGUUGCGAAUGCACAACGAAUGCUGGACUACAUCCGCAUUGUUAUCGAGUUCGUUUCACAAGACGAGUAUAAAGACUUGAUUCCGAUGGUUGGGAUUAUCAACGAGGCUCUGCUUAGCACCAUUGGCAGGGAUCAACUUACCUCUUUUUACCUUAGGGCCCAUGAUAUGAUCCGCGGAAUCACUGGCUAUGGCACUGGGAACGGACCAUAUAUCAGCAUUCAUGAUGGGUUCGAUGGUGUUUCUUCAUGGGAGGGUUUCCUGCCUGGCUCGGACCGCAUUAUUCUCGAUACCCAUCCCUACUUUGCCUUCGACCAACAACCUAACAACGCGCCAAUUGGACUGUCUUCAGACCCUGCGACUGCUGGCGGUGUUUGGCCAAAACAAGCUUGCGACUCAUGGGGCCCGAGUAUCAGCACUAGUCAGACUGCUUUUGGUGUAACCGUUGCGGGCGAGUUUAGCAACGGCUACAAUGACUGUGGGCUGUAUGUGACGGGUGUCAAUGGGAGCCAGCACUACGGUGGAGACUGCACAUUAUUCCUUGAUUCGACCAACUGGAACGCGUCGAUGAAAGCGGGCUUGAUGCAGUUCUCGCUUGCGAGUAUGGAUGCUACCCAGAAUUGGUUCUUCUGGACUUGGAAGAUUGGUGCGGCCUCCAAUGGAAUCGUUGGCGCCCCACUUUGGUCAUAUAAACUGGGUCUCGAGAACGGGUGGAUGCCUACGGACCCCAGAAAGUCCAUCGGUGUCUGUGCGGGACUGGGAGUGAGCAAAGCGGAGUCUUUCGAUGGAACAUACAGCGCUUGGCAGACUGGUGGAGCAGGCGCCGGCACCAUUGCCCCCUCAGCGUCCGCCAAGUUUGGUUCCUGGCCGCCUGUCUCCAUCGCCAAUGUCGAAGCUGCGUCAAUGAAGGUCAUGCCGACUUACACCCCAACGGCGAGCAUAACCACGCUCACUUACGUAACACCGACGGCCAAGGUUGCUGUUCCCUCGCCGUCUGUUGGGCUGGGGAAUGGCUGGAAGAAUGCGGGAGAUAAGACUCCAGCGAUGACGGCCGUUGCAGGCUGUGUUUAUCCUAAUGCUUGGGAAGCAUUGACGCUACAAGCGCCUGCCGCGCUUUGCACUGGGGCGUGA